UAAAACAUGUUACACGCAAAAACAAACAGCACCACCUAUGUAGUCUGAUUCAUGAACAAAUUACUCUUAUAAGUUAAAUGAAUUGGUUGUUUUAAUGAUUCAUGCAACUGGCACACACAAAAAAAAGAUGAACUGUUUUUUUUUAAUGAAUUGAGCAACUGGCACAAGUUAAAAAAUUUGUUACACACAAAUACAAACAGCAUCGCCUAUGUAGUCUGAUUCACAAACAAGCGACUCUUAUAAGUCAAAUGAAUUGGUUCUUUUAAUGAAUCAAGCAAAUGACUCUGCCUAACACAUGCCUCCGCACAUGAAGUUGUUGUUAACCUCGUUCUAAUGUUGAAGAAUUUCGAGUUUUUUAAAUAAACAUCUGUGUGCCUAAGGUUAGUCAUUUGCAUAAAAAACCUGCCCAAAUUUCCUCACAACCUUUCGCCAAUCUUGGCAAAUGUAUGAAACUCUAAAGAAGAGCUCUUGCCUGAGAACACAGCAAGAUUCUUGAGCAAGGCCAAGUACAUGUGCUCAUGUUCAAUCACAAUAAACCCUUUUAAUACAAACGAAUCAGGAUUUUUUUUCAUGAAAAUCUUUACGCAGAUUUCACACAUAAAUUUGAAUUUGAGACUCAAUGUCUUCUUCUCUCCUCAGGUGUGUUUAAGGCGCCGGGGCAAGGCGUCAUGCGAUCUACCUGAGCGUGAUUGUUCCACCUGGAGGUUACAGGAUGCCGGUGCAGGCAGCUCAAUGGACUGAGUUUCUAUCCUGCCCUAUCUGCUACAAUGAGUUUGAUGCCUGCAGCCACAAGCCCAUCAGCCUGGGCUGCUCGCACACCGUCUGCAAGACCUGCCUGCACAAACUGCACCGCAAGGCCUGUCCUUUUGACCAGACGGCCAUUAGCACUGACAUUGAUGUGCUGCCUGUCAACUGUGCCCUCCUGCAGCUGGUGGGGGCGCCGGUUCCGGAGGGAGAGAUUGUGAGUGUGGGCAGUGUUGAAGACACAAGACAUUAUGAAGUGUGCAGGAUCUGUGUGGAGGAGCUGGCGCUGUAUCUCAAACCAAUCAGUGGAGGAAAAGGUGAGUGUGUGAAGAAAGUGAUACAGGUACAUCAACAACAAUGUGCAAUCGAGGAGGAGGGGCGUAUGCGAGCGGUCCGGGCGUGCAGAUCUCUGGGUGAGCGCACCGUCACUGAACUCAUCCUGCAGCACCAGAACCCACAGCAGCUCUCUGCCAACCUAUGGGCCGCUGUGCGGGCACGCGGCUGUCAGUUUCUAGGACCUGCCAUGCAGGAAGAUGCUCUGAAGCUGGUGCUGCUGGCGCUGGAGGACGGCUCGGCUCUCUCGCGGAAGGUUCUGGUGCUGUUUGUGGUGCAGAAACUGGAAGCGCGCUUCCCUCAGGCGUCUAAGACUAGCAUCGGUCAUGUGGUUCAGCUGCUGUACCGCGCCUCCUGCUUUAAGGUGACCAAACGUGAUGAAGACUCCUCCCUCAUGCAGCUCAAGGAGGAGUUUCGCACUUACGAAGCCCUACGCCGCGAACACGAUGCUCAGAUCGUUCACAUCGCAAUGGAAGCGGGACUGCGCAUCUCACCGGAGCAGUGGUCGUCUCUGCUGUACGGGGAUCUCAUGCACAAAUCUCACAUGCAGUCAAUCAUAGACAAGCUUCAAUCCCCAGAAUCCUUUGCAAAGAGCGUGCAGGAGCUGACCAUAAUCCUGCAGAGAACAGGAGACCCAGCCAACCUCAACAGCCUCAGAGCUCCUCUCGAGCUGCUAGCCGGCAUCGACCACAACCCUGAUGCGGCCGCUCCGUCCUGGACAGAGCUGGAGAGUGUGUUAUUGGCUGUGAAGGUUGUUGUCCACGGGUUGGUGGAAUUCAUCCAAAACUUCAGCAAAAAGAGCAAUGAAAGCCCUCAGACUCAACCCAACAGCAAGUACAAGACGAGUAUGUGCAGGGACUUACGGCAGCAGGGCGGCUGUCCGAGAGGGACCAGCUGCACCUUUGCCCACACGCAGGAGGAGCUGGAGAAGCACAGAAUGAGAAGUAGGAAAGCCAGUGGGGCGGUGAGGCCCUUCCCGUCAGUUCCAGCGGUUAUGCCCAAAACCGGUACCAAAGGAGCAGUCCCAGGGUCAGAGGGGAAGAACCACGAGAACGACGCCCCAGAGGACGCGUCUCCCACUCAGCUCAUCCCUAGAGGAGGAGACCACCAGGAGGACAAAACGCUCCCCAGCAGUGCGAACGGACUGCCUGCUGCCAGCCUAGAACAAAAUCCCAUCAGUCAAAGCCAGUCGUCUGCGAUAGCUUCGGGGUUGUGCACAGAGGACGACUGCGGUCUCCUCAAACACGGGCCUGUCCUCACGAGAGCUCAUCCUAAGAUUUACUACUCUCAGGACCAGAGACCAUAUGACCUUUCACCCUACCACCAACCUGCCAUUCCUCCUCACAAGUCAUGCAACGCUCGCUUCCAUCGUUCCAGCAACGUCCCUGAGUCCAUGUUACCCCCGUCAAUGGGCCCUCUGUACCCAGACCAGCACCCCUCUGUUCCUCCUGCAGACAGAUUAGGCCCCGGCCCGUACGGGCCACCCUCGACCUACACCUCUAUGUCCCACGCACACAGCAUGUACACCCCGGUCUACGACAGCCGGCGCGUGUGGAGGCCGCCGCUGUAUCCCAGGGAUGGCGGGAGGAGUAACUCUCUCCCUCCGGAGGUCUUUCAUUCCACCGUCUACCAGCCGCCCCUCCGAGAGCGCUUCAACUCGCUGGACAGCCCCUACUGCAGCACCGCGGAGCAGAGAGCGCCAAUGCACAGGGAUGCGUACACCCGUGUUCCUCUCGGCUAUGAGGAACUCUAUCGCCACAAACAGGAACAGUGGGUACAUCACCACGGCAACAUGAACAGGCCCUCCCAGUCCUCGCCGGUCUUCACUGUGGAUGUGUGUCCAGAGCAUCCUGAGGGUGUAGGUGGUGGGCGUAUGACUUGUAAGUGUCAUGGUGGAGAAGAGAGUCUUGCCCACUACUCACCCUGGUCGUGCAGCACCAUCAGCCCAUUUGAGUCAGAGCCCCACCAUUUGUCAACCCACUCCUGUUCCAAACAGCUAGACGGGGAGAGUGGCGGCAAACGGUGGCUGCACAUGUUUGAGCCCUACAGGCGACUGAAAGACGAAGAUCCCAUCAUUCCUUUUGGAGAGGGGCCCAUCAUCUCUAAAUGGGGAGCCAUCUCUCGGGCUUCCCGCACUGGCUUUCACACCACUGACCCUUUCCAGGCUACUGCAUCGCAGGGGUGCGCCGGCACCACAUCAAUCAACUUCAGAGACUAUAGCUGUCAUAUUGGUCACAGUGACCUCAGAUGGGGCCCACGUGGAUCUGAUUCUUCUAGUCACUCCAGCUUUCUAGAAAGCGAUCAGCUGGCCAUGUCAGGGCUGCAUGUAAGGCACAAUUCCUUCAGAAGCGGGUUAAAGCAGGGCACAGAUCUGCUGGACAAGGAUGGGAUGGAGAGUGAGCCUGACAGAGACAUCGAGCUGGAGCUGUCCGCUCUGGACAUGGAGGACACAGAGACACCGGACUGCAACUCUGAGGACUCUAUGGAAACGCAAAGCCGCUCCAAGAACAGCCACCUCUCUACAGUCUUCGGUGAUCCAGCAAGUUCUCAGUUGGAAAACAACCUGCCUGACAGAAUGGACGCCCACCUUAUGAAGAAGAUGGCAUUCAGAAAGACCCUCUCCCCUGGAGACCUCAGUAUGGGAAAGAUGUCGAUGAGGACAUGCUCGCCCAGACCUGGAGACCUUCCGCGACCCAGUCCAGGACCUGAGAUGCUGCUAAACGGGAAUUGAGGCGGGCUGAAAACACCAGUUACCUCAUGUUCUAAUUCCAUGGGGCCAU